AUGGCUCUCGUCAAUUUCACCCUGAGCGAGGACGGCGUGGGCGCCUUCAAUGACGCGCUGGUCUGCAUCCAAAAAUUCAGUGACGACGUGUCGCUUGAGAUCAAGAAGGACAAGUUGGUCCUUACUGCGCUGAACCUCACCAAAUCCGCCUACGUAUCCUUCACCUUCGCCGCCAACAGAUUCUUCUCACGAUUCCAUUUUGAGGGAAACACACAGUAUCGCGAGAGAUUCUUCUGCUCAAUAUACAUCAAGGCACUCUUCCGCACCCGCACAGGCGGUGAUCCUACCAGAGAUCGGGACAAUGUCACCACUAUUGAAAGGUGUGAUGUAGCCAUUGAUGAUGGCCCAGGAAAGAAGAGCCGCUUCAUCGCCAAGAUCUUUUGCCGAAAUGGGAUCACUGCGACUCAUCGACUGUCAUUUGAAGCCAAGGCUCCUGUCCAUGCCAAGUUCGACAAGACUGAGGCCAUAAAUCACUGGACCAUCAACUCGCGGACCUUGCGCUCUCUGAUGGAGCAUUUCGGACCUGGCAUCGAUCUUCUCGAUAUCAACACUGACGGCGAGAACGUCGUCAACUUUACAUGUUUCACGGAAAAGCAAGUCAGUGUAAAUAACGAGGCUGUGUUGAAGAAACCACUCCACACAUCAAUUGCGGUGGAGAUGGACGAAUUCGACGACAUCGAAGUGGCCGACAAGCUUCACAUCAUUAUCAGUGUGCGAGACUUUCGUGCCAUUCUUCAGCACGCCAAUUGGACAAGCGGCGACCUCAAUGCUACAUACUCGAGACCCGGCCGGCCAAUGAAGAUUUCCUACGGCCGUGAUGGCAUCGUGUGCGAGUUUGUUCUGAUGACGGUGGAUGAGAAGAGCACAACAGUACAGAAGAAGGGUCAGAGCAAAGCCGCCACAAAGGCUUCCAGACCGAGUCUGAAUGCUGCACCCAACACACCAGCUGCGGGAGCCAACAACGACUCGCGGCAACCAACUCCUGCGCCACCGAGGGAGCAGCAAGAACAGCAAGCCAGAAUGCCGCCACCAGCAAGGAGGUCAACUGCUCCUCGUUCGUCGCAGUUCGACAUCCGAGCACCACUAGUCCAGCCUCAGUCCACGCUCAAGUCCGAGUCGCUGUUCCUCCCGCAGCCAGACGACGAUGAAAUGUGGGCACCUGUCAAUCCGGACGAUGAUGAAGAAGGCGAACACCCCCGACUGGAGUGGGAUGCCAGCAACGAGCCGAACCCAUCGGCCAUGCGAAUCAGCGACCACUCCGGCAACACCCAGAGCAACCCGCCCGACGAUUCUGGAGGGCCUUUGCCACCAUUCGUGGAGCCGACACAAAGGGUGUCCGACGUCCGCAAGUUUGGCCUCUUUGGGGACUGGUGA